GGGGCCCGGGCAGAAGCUGAGCACCCUGCGCCCGAGGAGCCCCUGUUGGCCUGGGGGGGCUGUGGGACUGAGCCCCCCAGAGCAGGACCUCCCCCUGGAAGGGCCGCGCCGCAGCCCGUGGGAGGGCCUCGCCCCCGGCGCUCCCCAUCUCCACUCGCUGCUGUCCCGGCCUCCGCCGGAGGGAGGGGCCGAGCGCCCUCGGGGGGCCGUGGACCCCGGCGUUCUGAGCGUUCCGCGCCCCGCGCCGCCCGGCCCCCCCGCCGCCGAUGGCCGCCGACCCGCCGGGAGCUGCCGAGAAGGGAGAGAUGGCUCCCGGGACACGUGUGAGCCCUCGGCGUUGCUGACGCCCCCAAUGUCGUCGAGCAGCCGGGGGCCGGGGGCCGGAGCGCGCCGACGCCGAACCCGCUGCCGCCGCUGCCGGGCCUGUGUCCGAACUGAGUGCGGGGAUUGCCACUUCUGCCGAGACAUGAAGAAGUUCGGGGGGCCCGGGCGCAUGAAGCAGUCAUGCCUGCUUCGGCAGUGCACUGCGCCCGUGCUCCCACACACAGCUGUAUGCCUCUUGUGUGGGGAGGCAGGGAAGGAGGAUACAGUGGAAGGAGAGGAAGAGAAAUUUGGUUUGAGCCUCAUGGAGUGUACAAUUUGCAACGAGAUCGUCCACCCUGGCUGCCUGAAGAUGGGAAAGGCUGAGGGUGUUAUUAAUUCAGAGAUUCCCAACUGCUGGGAGUGCCCCCGAUGUACCCAGGAAGGACGGACAAGCAAGGAUGCAGGUGAGGGUCCAGGGCGCCGUAGGGCUGACAAUGGUGAUGAAGGCGCUAACCUAGGGGGUGGAUGGAAGCUGACAGAGGAGCCGCCACCACCACCUUUGCCCAGAAGAAAGGGACCCUUACCUGCUGGCCCAACCCCCGACGAUGUGCCUGGGGCCCCCAAACGCAAGGAGAGGGAGGCGGGGAAUGAGCCCCCCACCCCAAGGAAAAAGGUGAAAGGAGGCCGAGAGAGGCACUUGAAGAAGAAACCAAAGCCACCUAUGGCCUCUGCUGAGGGACCUGCAGUGCCAUCCCCAUCACCACAGAGGGAGAAACUGGAGCGUUUUAAGCGGAUGUGCCAGCUGCUGGAGCGGGUGCCUGAUACCUCCUCGUCCUCCUCAGACUCGGACUCUGACUCAGACUCAUCUGGCACAUCGCUUAGUGAGGAUGAAGCUCCUGGGGAGGCUCGCAAUGGGCGGCGGCCAGCCCGGGGUAGCUCUGGCGAGAAGGAGAACCGUGGGGGGCGGCGGGCUGUACGCCCUGGAAGUGGGGGACCACUGCUCAGCUGGCCCCUGGGUCCUGCCCCACCACCACGGCCUCCACAGUUGGAGCGGCACGUGGUACGCCCACCCCCUCGAAGUCCAGAGCCUGACACUCUGCCUUUGGCUGCUGGAUCCGACCACCCUCUGCCUCGGGCUGCCUGGCUUCGUGUCUUCCAGCACCUGGGACCCCGAGAGCUAUGUGUCUGCAUGCGAGUCUGCCGGACUUGGAGCCGCUGGUGCUACGACAAGCGUCUGUGGCCUAGGAUGGACCUAAGCCGAAGGAAGUCACUGACCCCACCCAUGCUUAGUGGAGUUGUUCGCCGCCAGCCGCGUGCUCUGGACCUCAGCUGGACAGGUGUCUCCAAAAAGCAGCUCAUGUGGCUUCUGAAUCGACUGCAAGGCCUGCAGGAGUUGGUGCUUUCCGGGUGCUCCUGGCUCUCCGUCUCAGCCCUGGGCUCGGCCCCACUGCCAGCGCUUCGGCUCUUGGACCUCCGCUGGAUUGAAGAUGUCAAAGACUCACAGCUUCGUGAGCUGCUGCUGCCUCCACCAGACACUAAACCAGGGCAAACAGAGAGCAGGGGUCGGCUGCAGGGUGUGGCAGAACUUCGCCUGGCAGGCCUGGAACUCACUGAUGCCUCCCUGAGGCUCUUACUGCGCCACGCUCCCCAGCUCAGUGCCCUGGAUUUGAGUCACUGCGCCCAUGUUGGGGACCCAAGUGUCCACCUCCUCACAGCUCCCACUUCCCCUCUCCGAGAGACACUGGUGCACCUCAACCUUGCUGGGUGCCACCGCCUCACGGACCACUGCCUUCCACUGUUCCGUCGCUGCCCACGUCUUCGCCGCCUGGACCUACGCUCCUGCCGCCAGCUCUCACCUGAAGCUUGUGCCCGGUUGGCAGCUGCUGGGCCACCUGGCCCCUUUCGCUGCCCAGAAGAGAAACUACUUCUCAAGGACAGCUAGUUGGGUGCCUAUGCUCCCUUCCCCCGGGACUGUGCCUCUCCCUUUCAUUCCACCCGCGGGAGGCCAGGUUACUUCUCUGGUGACUUGGCUCUCCUCUGCGUUCAGUGACUUGAGCUUCCUGCCCAGUGACUUGAGCCAGCCCUCCCCUCCCGCCUGCACUGAAGUCUCUGGGGCUCUUGCUCCCCGCCUCUCCCUUCCCCGCUUCACCGUCCUCCCCUGGGGGAGUGGGUCAGCAGGUACUGGGGAGGGGCUGAGCCACAGGGACGGCGGGAGGGGCGGUGAAGGUGCACGUCUCAAGUAGGAAGAGUGAGGAGGUGGCAUCUUGUACACAGGAUACUGUUGUGGGGAGGGCAGAAAGCAGACCAACAAGGGUUCAGGGAACAAAGACCAGUUGGGUGGGAUGGGGCCAAAAAGGGAAACCAGAGGAGCAAUUGGGGAUCCAGGUAUCAGAUAGGGGGCUCGAGAAGCCAAGAAACCCAGGACUGGGGCUGGGGGAGGAGCAGAUGUGGAGAUAGUGCCCUCUCUGGGUUACCCCUCUCCCUUCCAGCAGAUUCCACUUCUUUCCCCGCCCAGACUCCUUGAACGUCACUGAACAUGGCAGCUAUUGCAAGGAGUAGGGCCACGGGCUACCUGUUGUCCAGCUCGUGGUGAGGGGAGUGUUGAGGGGGAGCCCAGACCCCUGCCUGGCUCUCUACACAAUAUUUGGACAUUCAUCUGUACUGAAGUGUUACUUGAACCCGGGGAACCUCGGAAUUGGGGGAUUGUGGUGUGAGGGGACCGGCUUGACCAAGACUGGGCUGGUGGGUACCCAGUUUGGACUGUCCCACCCCCAGCUCUUACUGUCUUGAACAGCUCCACCCCUCUGACUUGAGUUGGGGGUGGGAGAUAUCAGCUUAAAGAUGAGCAAGAUGGGA